UAUCUUUGCUUAUCAUAGGCUGUCCCAUACCUUCAACCACAAUCCCAAACACAAGUGUAUCUUCAACAUCUACACCAUCAGUGCCAACAGCAAACAAUACAGAUGUUACAAGCCGUUCAACCCUGAUCACAAACACAACUGACAGUAUAACAAUAACAAGCGCUCCAGCAUCUACUCCAACAGUAGAAACAGCAGAUGUUACAAGCCUUUCAACCCUGAUCACAAACACAACUGACAGUACAACAAUAACAAGCGCUCCAGCAUCUACUCCAACAGUAGAAACAACAAAUGCUACAAGCCUUUCAACCCUGAUCACAAACACAACUGACAGUACAACAAUAAAAAGCGCUCCAGCAUCUACUCCAACAGUAGAAACAACAAAUGUUACAAGCCUUUCAACCCUGAUCACAAACACAACUGAUAGUACAACAAUAACAAGCGCUCCAGCAUCUACUCCAACAGUAGAAACAACAAAGUUUACUAUCCCUUCAGCCCCAAACACAACUGAGAGCACAACAGCCGUGACAAGUGCUCUGAUGUCUUCCUCAACAACAGUAACAAGUCAAUCUACCACAACAAAAGGACCAACAACAACUGUACUAACAACAAAAGCAACAACAGCUCUACCAACAACAAAGCCACCAACAGCAACACCGGUACCAAUACCAACAACAACACCAAUGUUUGUAAAACGUCAGAUAUCACUGUCAAUAGACGAGAUUUUUGAUGUAAGCCUGAAUAAUCAGAACAGUGGGAAAUUCAAGGAAUACAAAUCAGAUAUUGAGGAAGCAAUCGAUAGCAGCUUCAAGGGUGUAAAAGGUUUCAUUUCUUCUACUGUCACUGGUUUUAGGCCUGGAAGUGUGAUCGUAGACUUCUUUAUUACAUCAGCUGAGGUGAUACCGAUUACUGGGGAGAUAAACCGAGCAAUUUACACCAACAUGAAAGACGUCAAAGAUUUCAAAGUUGAUCCAACUUCAGUCGCUGAAACUGAUAACAAAAACCUGCGAACAAGAGAUCCUGUUUUUCCUGAACAAGAUAUAACACUCUCCUGCCCUGCCAACCUCCUUGGAAAUGUAGACUGGAAAUUUCAAGGAGGAAUCGUACAGCAAAGCAGGCGUUAUGUGUUUUCAUUAGAUCGUCUCUCCCUCACAGUCAAGAAUGUUACCAUCAGAGAUAACGGUCGUUACGAAUGUGUGUACAACACAACCACAGGGCUGCAUAUUACUUGGGACAGGAUUGACUACAUUAAGCCAUAUCCUAGUAUGCAAGUACCUACUAAUAAGGCAUACAAAUGUGAAAAUCAGCAGGUUGAGCUCGUCUGCUGUGUGCAUUCUGAUUACUCCAUUCAGUGGGUGCAGGACAAAAAAAUGCUGAGCAGCAAAACUGAUUCACUGAAAUGUAUUACACAACAGUUUAAUAUCUUGAGUGAAAGUUCAUGUGGGAAAAAAAGCAUAUUCACCUGCAAAUUGAGCAAUACAGAUCUACUUGGAUUCUCAUACAGCUCAAGGGCUGUGGAACUAUUUGUUUACAACCCUCUAUCCCUAGACAGCACUGUCACAUGCUUUGAUCAAGUGUAUGGUUUUGGAAAAUUUCGUGAUCCGCCUGUGGUGGGAGACUGUGAUAAAAAUAACGUUGGCUUCAGAGAAGGAGAGUGUCAAUCCAAUGGCUUUUGGAAAACUGUAAAGGACAAAUGUGUUCUUCGUAUCAUUGAUGCACUGGAACAGGAAUCAAAGGUUGUGGAUACAGGAACUUUUACAGAUUUUGUGAUUAAAUUGAAAAAUGCCACCACAGUCAAUAGCGGAGACGUAGUUCAAUCUCAAGCUACUGUUUCGACAAUUGUGGGAAUACUAAACAAUAUUGCAGGCAUCUCCCAAAAUAUUAUGCUGGAUGAAGUUGUGUUAACGAGUUUCCUCAAUAUCGUGGAUGUCAUUUCAUCAGAGUCAGCGAAACUUGUGUGGGUAGGGUUAAAUUCAAAUGCCGGAAGCCAAGGCGACAGCUCUCAACUCCUGAAUUCCAUUGAAAAUGUUAUAAAAGCGACAUCAGACACAAACUUCAACAUAACGAGUCCAUCCAACUCAUUCCUGUUCAAAAAAGUAACAACAUCCGUAGACUUUAGGGAUGUAUUGAAGCUCAACUCAACCGCUGAAAUAUUCAUCCCAGAUAUUACAUCCACUCGUAAAAAUAUUACCAUCACAGCACUGGCCUUCUCUUCCUUGGGCAACGUUAUGCCUGCAAGAUAUCGGACAGAUAACCUAAAUAAGACUGAAAAUGUCAUCAAUGGACUCAUUGUUGUAGUGAACACAAGCAAACCUAUCAACAACAUAGAGCUGAGCUUUGAAAAACGCAGUAAUACAGUAGCUCAUAACAAUAAUUCAGUAAAAUUAGGGAACCCUCAAUGUGCUUUCUGGGAAUUUAACCUUUUUAAUAGGACUGGAGGAUGGGACUCAACAGGAUGUAAGGUCAUACUGAUAAACGGCAAUGUCACUUGUCGUUGUAAUCACACCACUUCAUUUUCAAUAUUGAUGUCCCCUUAUGCUCCUGAAGAUCUCUCCUUGGCUGUCAUUACGUACGUUGGUGUUGCCAUUUCGAUAGCCAGCUUGGUUGUGUGCCUGAUCAUCGAAACGAUCAUCUGGAAGGAAAUAUCCAGAAACUCGACGUCAUAUAUCCGGCAUGUAUGCUUAGUCAAUAUUGCUCUUUCUCUCCUGAUCGCUGACAUAUGCUUCAUUAUCGCGGCUGCUAUCGCAAAGCCCGGGGAGGACUAUAUUAACUUGUGUAGCGCUGCAGUGUUUUUCACCCACUUCUUCUACCUGGCCCUCUUCUUCUGGAUGAUGGUCUCAGCCCUUCUGCUCCUCUACCGCACCAUCAUGGUGUUCUCUCAGAUUUCCACAUCGGUAAUGAUGGCGGUUGCCUUCAUCGUGGGCUAUGGCGCACCUCUCCUCAUCUCGGUUAUUACCGUCGCCUCCACCAGCGGAAGUCAAGAAUACGUCACACAGAAUGGGACAUGCUGGCUGAACUGGGACAUUUCCAGGAACCUUCUGGCUUUUGUCAUACCAGCUCUGGUCAUUGUGGUUGUCAACAUUAUUGUCGUGAUUCUAGUCAUGGUGAAAAUGCUCAGGGGAAGACUAGGAGAGAGCAACAGAGGUGAAAAGAACAUCUUGGUGGUCAUUCUCAGAAGUGUGGCCAUUUUGAGUCCCCUCUUCGGCAUCACAUGGGGUCUCGGAUUGGGCAUUAUGAUACAGCCUAAAGCUUUGGCCCUCCACUACUUGUUUACAAUCUUCAACUCCUUCCAGGGCUUCUUAAUAUUGGUCCUGGGAUUACUGAUGGAAAAGAAGGUUCGGGAGACACUUAAAGCGAGAUUCACUAGACCCCGUGCCCUACAUGUAAACACAUUUUCCUCAUUUGUUUCUUUCAAGUUUUUCAUGCAAAAACGUUUAUUGAAAACACAAUGCCAUCUUUCCUAUCAUAGAGCUUGGAUGUCAACACCCACAGCAGUUCUUCCAACAGAACGACUCUCACAGAUGUUUUCAACACCAUUCUGAGAAGAGGCAGGAAUGCUGGGGCAAAUAUAAACUCCUCACACAGCCACGAAAGGUUUCUGAACGCUUAGCCGGACAGACAGACAGACAGACGGCUUAAUUUCCUGUUCGAAUGCUUCUCUAUCGCUGUGCCUCAGGCACAACCUUGUUACUGAGAGUGUUUGAUUUCUGUCUAGACUUCAUUAACUAUACAUACAAUCCCUUCCUGAAUGCUACAACUUGAAUAUUCAGUACGUUUCUGUUUUCUAUUGGUCAACCAGAUUGGCCAAGUUAGAUUAAAAACAUCUAUUUUUGAUCUGUACACACAGUUUUAUGAAAAUGGAAAUUCAAUUCUGGUUUCUGUUUGAACACUGUUUAGUGUACCAACACUUUAUCCUUCCUCUCUAUUAAAUCCAUCAAUGAAUAACACUUGUUUCAAAUGUCAUUAUUAGGGGUGCUUGCCAAAUCAAGCAUCCUGAUUAUUUUGGGGGAAAUCUGAUUUGAAAGUUUU